CGCGGCCAGGGUUUCUUUACAUGUCUGAUCCCACCAUGCCUGAUUCACACAACCGUGACCUGCGCCAUUCCGCUGACUUGUGACUUGACCUCCCUGCACUUGUGACCGCCGAUUGCUUUCCUAUCCACAUCCAAUUCUCUCUCAAUCCUCAAGACCUAAUUCAAACCAUCUUUGAUCACUACUUUGUUCUAUUUGUCCAAUACAGAAUCACAUCUUCCAUAUCUCACCAUGGAUCGCAUCAAGGAGAAAAUGAACUCGCUCCGCAUCGAGGCGGACGAGAACGCUGCCAAAGCCGAAGAACUCAAGGCCAAGGUCAAAUCCCUCGAACAGGACAAUCUCCAGAAGGAACAAGAAAUCACUUCCCUCACCCACCGCAACCAAUUGCUCGAGGGAGAGGUAGAGAAACUCGAAAGCUCGCUCAAGGCUGCCAAAGACGCCGCAGGCGAGUCGUCUCAACAUUCUCAACAAAAUGAGACCCUGACUCGAAGACUUCAACUUCUCGAGGAGGAGGCUGAGACAUCAGACAAGACCUUGAGAGAGACCAACGAGAAGUUGCGACAAACCGACGUCAAGGCCGGCCACUACGAACGUAAAGUUCAAGCCCUGGAACAGGCUCGAGACGAGUGGGAGGCCAAGUACGAAGAAAUGUCCAAGAAAUAUGCCGACCUCCAGAAGGAAUUGCAGGAAUUGGAGCAGAGCAUGGGCAACAUCUAGACGCUUGGUCUCGAGAAAAGUGUUUGUUGGCCCGCCCUGUUGUUUGGUUUUGAUGCCGAUCCCCGGUGUGGGUAGGCAUAUGAGCGAAAGCAUGAUGAAUAGAACCAUGGCCAUACCCCUCCCUCGUUGUCUCACGCAGAACGCAAUGUAGGGCAGAGAAGAGCAUGUACGAAUGACCAUUACCGAUUAUCCUACACCGUGUCGUGCUGGCAUUCGUGAUUCUCUGCGUCAUCAUCAAUUGUUGUCAUAUUGAGCUUGUUCUGUACCAAACUAAGGCCCCUUGCGCCGUUCUUGAGCCUGCUUCCGGCCUCGAGACUUUUCUUUGACCCUUGUCACUCUUCGUUCCGCCUUGGACUCGUACCU